AGCAGAAGAAACGAGCCAAUGCGCGUCAGGGGGAGGUGAGGCACGUUCAGGGUCUUUAAAAGCGCGUUCACAGGAGAGCCGCUCGCUCGGAUCUGACAACUGCCCUUCAGACACUCAGUAUGGCCGCUAAGAGAGUCUGCAUUAUCGGCUCCGGCAACUGGGGCUCCGCCAUUGCCAAGAUAGUGGGAGCCAAUGCGGCCAAAUACAACACGUUUGACAACACGGUGAACAUGUGGGUGUUUGAAGAGAUGAUCGACGGACGAAAACUCACAGAAAUCAUCAACACGCAACACGAGAACGUCAAAUAUCUGCCGGGACACAAACUACCAACUAAUGUGGUAGCUGUACCAGAGCUGUUGGACGCGGUGAAGGAUGCAGACAUCCUCAUCUUCGUCAUUCCUCACCAGUUUGUGUCCAGAGUCUGUGAUACCAUCAAGGGUCACAUCAAAGCAGACGCUGUCGGGAUGUCUCUCAUUAAGGGUGUGGAUGAAGGUCCCGAUGGAUUGAAACUCAUCUCUGAUGUCAUCCGAGAAAAACUGGGCAUCGUGAUGACGGUACUGAUGGGAGCCAAUCUGGCCAAUGAGGUUGCUGAAGAGAAAUUUUGUGAAACCACAAUCGGGUGUAAAAGCAAAGCUCACGGUCCGCUGCUGAAGGAACUCAUGCAGACGCAAAACUUUCGUGUGACAGUGGUGGAGGAGGCAGAUGUUGUUGAGAUCUGUGGAGCGUUAAAGAACAUUGUGGCUGUGGGCGCUGGUUUCUGUGACGGUCUGAGUUUCGGUGACAACACUAAAGCCGCUGUGAUCCGUCUGGGUCUGAUGGAGAUGAUCGCCUUCGCCCGGCUAUUCUGCACGGCCACUGCGGUCUCUCCCGCCACGUUUCUGGAGAGCUGCGGCGUCGCUGACCUCAUCACCACCUGCUACGGAGGACGCAACCGCAAAAUCGGAGAAGCGUUCGCUAAAACGGGAAAGUCUAUCGAGCAGCUGGAGAAGGAAAUGUUAAACGGUCAGAAACUUCAAGGUCCAGCAACUGCAGCCGAAGUUCAUCAGAUCCUCAAGAACAAGAACCUGGUUGAGAAGUUUCCUCUCUUUAAUGCAGUUUAUCAGAUCUGUUUCCAGGGUCAACCGGUUAAAGAGUUUGUCACCUGUCUACAGAAUCAUCCAGAACACAUGUAACCAACAUAACCGCAGGUCUCUGAACGCUGAGGCUGAACCUGAUGUGGGGUCAAACCUUCAUCACGCUGCCUCUUUUUCUAAUGUGAUUUUU